AUGGGACGAGUACGAUGUCUCCAAUUAUUGGUUGGAUUCUACUACCCACAACAAGGUUAUGUGAAGCUUAACUGUGAUGGUGCUUCUAACAAUUUGGGAAUGGCUGGUAUUAGAGGCAUUAUUCGUGGAGACCAGGUUGAGUUCUAUGCGUGUUAUGCAAAGCAUGUUUUCAAAAAUGAUAACAAUGUGGCUGAAGUCUGGGUUAUAAGGAAUGGCAUUCUGUUGGCUAAAGAUAUGGGUUUCAAGAAGAUAGAGGUGGAAAGUGAUUCCACUUACGCUAUUCAGUUGUGCAAAAAGGAGGUUCAAGUUCCAUGGAAUUUGCACUCCCUAAUUGAAGACAUUGAUGCUCUAAAGAAGAACUUUGAUGCAAUUGGUUUUCACAAAGGCAUCGAGAGGCCAACGAUGUGGCUGAUAUUCUAG